AAUAAGAUUUUGGGUUCUUGGAUUUGUACCUUUGAACAGUCAGCUGACAUGCCCUCGUACAGAGUUCACACACAGCUCUCCAGGUGCUACUCCAGCUGAAUUUCAGCGAUGGCGUCCUCCCUCUCACCACUCGAACAGGAUCUCUUGUGUCCUGUGUGUUUUUUUAUCUUUACCGACCCAGUGUUUCUGUCCUGCGGUCACAGUUUCUGUAGAACAUGUUUACAGCAGAACUGGACAAAGAGUUCAGGAAGAGAGUGUCCUGUCUGCAGGAGAUGGUCAUCAAAAACUCAUCCUCCUCCAGAUCUGGCUCUGAGGAAAGCCUGUGAGUCCUACAAGCAGCAGAAGAGAAGCAGUGAUUCAGGUUCUCAGGGUCUGCUGUGCUCUCUGCACUCUGAGAAGCUCAGUCUGUUCUGUGUGGAUGAUCAGAAGCUGGUGUGUGGACAGUGUGUGUCUCAGGAUCACCAGAGUCACAGUUUCUGCUCCAUCAGCAAAGCUGCUGGUCUACACAAGGAACAGAUACAGACUUGUCUAACAGAGCUGAAGAAGAAGCUUCAGAUUUUCCACAGAGUGAAAAUCAUCAGUGACCAGGUGGCUGCACACAUUGUGUCUCAGGCCCAGAACACAGAGAGGCAGAUAAAGGAGGAGUUUGGGAAGCUUCACCAGUUCCUCAGAGAAGAGGAGGAGGCCAGGAUCACUGCUCUGAGAAAUGAGGAGAUGGAGAAGAGCCACAGAAUGAAGAAGAAGAUUGAAGACCUGGACAGUCAGAUAAAAGAUAUCAGUGCUAGAAUUGUAGAGUCAAAUGAGAGGCUGAAGGAUGAUGAAGUGGUUCUGCAGGGCAUCCAGACAAUGUAUGAAAGAGCUCAGUACACAAGACUGGACCCAGAACUGGACUCAGGAGCUCUGAUUGAUGUGGCCAAACACCUGGGGAAUUUGAGAUUCCAAGUGUUGAGGAGGUUGAAGGACCUCUGUCCUUACUUUCCAGUGAUUCUGGAUCCAAACACUGCAAACUCCUCCCUCAGUAUAUCAGCGGAUCUGAGCAGCGUCUCACCCUCACCUCUCACCCAACUUCCAGACAACCCAGAGAGGAUGAGUAUGUAUAGCGGCGUUCUCGGUUCUGAAGGGUUCUCCUCAGGAACUCACAGCUGGGAGGUGGAGGUUGGAUAUGGUGAAGACUGGGUUAUAGGAGUGGCUGAAGAGUCCGUCAGCAGAAAAGAAAUUUGUGUGGCAGCCCCAGAAAAUGGGUUUUGUUGCAUAUGGAGGGUAGAAAAUACAAUUUAUGCUGGAACUGGCAUUAAUUCUAAUGUCAAAGUUGCAAAGGAAGAAACCAUCAAGACAAUCCGAGUGACAUUAAAUUGGGAGAAAGGUCAGGUGAUUUUCUUCUCGAAAGAUAAGAACAAAGUUUUAUACACCUUUAAACACAGAUUCACAAAGAAAAUGUAUCCGUGCUUUUAUAAUAACAGCACAAACUCUGUGAAUUCAAUGAAGAUUCUGUCUUUCCCUUCACACUUCACAAUAAAACAGUGACUAUAGGAAUUUCAUAAAUUCAUCUGUUUAAUAAGUUUACAGCCUUUUUAAGGGCUGUGAUUAAGCACUACAGAGCUGAUGCAGUGUAGAAACUAACAGUGUAUUUGUCAAUGUGUCAGUCAUGUGUGUACAAUAUUGAUUCCACCACUCACCACCAGAUGUCCUGCCCAAGAGUACUGAUUUAUCCCCCUCAUUACUUCUUAUCAUUACCAUCUGUUGGUAUGUCCGUGGUAAUAAUUCUCCUGUUUAUCUUAAUAAUUUGUUCAUAUAAAAUAUUUCUGUAUUUCAAAACAAUCAUUUGUCCAAUUGUUCAGAUGUAAAUUGAGUGAUUCAGAGUGGGUUUGGUGUGAAUUAUUUGAUUGUAGAGACUGAAAUGUCUUUACAUUGGUGGUGAUAGGAACCAGAGGUCGCCAUGACUACAACACAAAUAUAGACAUUUUAUUUACUGUCCAAAACCACCAGUGAACCUAUACGUUUUUAUGUAAUAUAGUGACAAAUCUGAAAACAUAGGUUUUCUUUGGGGACUACUUUGCCUUGUAACGUCAUGUAUCUCUCCACCAGGAAUGGGUUUCAAACAUGUUAUAAUCUUAUCUGAAGUCUCAUGACGUCAGGCAGCAAAUCCAUAAACUUUUGAUCCAAUAGCUUUCUGUGAGGGAACUUUUUGCGACAAUAAACUCUCCAAAUAUCAAAUUAUAUCUGAUCCACUCCUACUGCUCUGAGUAGCUAGAAUUUUUUUGCAUAAAUUGCAAGCAAUAAAAUCAAAUCCCUUGCUGCCCAGCUGAUUAUUCCCAUCAAACAGACUUUUUGAGAUAAAAUGUUUUGCAUAAUGAUGGUAAUGGUGGUGGUUGACAUGUUUCUAUCUCUGAUGUACAUUUGACAUCUCUGAUUUUCCCAUAACCUGUUGAUAAGGAUAUUUUUGUUUUUAAAUCACUAUGCGAGAAAUCACUCACAUGUAGAGCUGUUUGAGCUCUUUCAGAAGGGCUGUGGUCUUUCCUGCUUGUCUCUUUCUGUGGAAGCUCAAAAGUGGCCGCUUUCCUUUUAAAAACUCUCUCAGUCCAGCUCUACCUCUCCACCACACUGUGUUUAUUUGUUAUAAGAGGCACUUUAGGGGAUUCUGUUGCAUCACACUAAAUUCAUGUGCAAAUGCAUAUUGUUUUUUUAAAUCACAUUAGGUUUCUGUGACAUUUUAGGCAUCAAUAAAUAUUUUUUUUCCACGAAAGCUGAUUUUUACAAAAUAUUACUGAUAAAUUCCAUUUCCAUAGCCUGCAUCACCAAACUAUUUGAAGUGUUAGCAUGUUUUUUUGUAAAAACUCCUUUGUAUGGAAACUUUUGCUAUUGUAAACAUGAAAUGACUGUAAUGUUCCUUCACUACAGCACCUGUUAAAACUUUGUUUUAUGUGCCUUUCAUAUUAAAUGAAUCCAACCAA